CUGAGUUAGAAUAGAGAACUAGUUAAUUAGUGGGUAUGAAGAUAGUACUAGCAAUUCUUUGCUUGGCUUUUGCCAGCUCCAGUGGAACCAAGCUACCCAUUGGCCCGCAGGGGCUACCACGCAUUCCGCUCAAGGAUCUGCCCAAUUUCUAUGGCAUCGAGGGACGCAUUAUCAAUGGCUUUGCGCCUGCCGAGGGCAAGGUUCCGUAUAUUGUGGGGCUGAGUUUCGAGUUUAGAUACUACGGCUGGUGGUGCGGUGGUUCCAUUAUAGGCAACACCUGGAUACUGACAGCUGCGCAUUGCGCAGAGCGGGCGGAGUCAGUGAGGAUCUACUACGGCUCCAACAAGCUCGAACAGGCUCAGCUAACCCAUGAUGUGUCAAGCGGCGAUAUACUUCCGCAUGCGGAGUACUACAGAGGGAUCGACUUGAAAAAUGAUAUCGCACUCAUACGCACGCCCCAUGUGAAAUUUACGGACCACAUCAAAAAGCUGGAGCUGGGCGAACGUGGCAAUAGCUAUGCGGGCAGGUGGAGCACAGCCUGCGGCUGGGGCAAGACCGGAAUAUACAAUGGGCAGCCAAAUUAUUUGCAGUGCGUCAACCUGAAGAUUAUCAGCACUGAUGAGUGCUCCCAACAAAUUGGCCCACUUGGAGUGCCCACGGAGGGUAUUCUCUAUGUCAGCACUGCGGCUGGCAAGUCCUCCUGCAACGGUGACUCGGGUGGCCCAUUGGUCACCCACGAUGGCUUGAAGCUGGUCGGCAUCAACUCCUUUGUGCUCAAGAGCUGCCAGAGUGGCCUGCCAGGUGGUUUCACUCGAGUCAGCGACUACCGGGACUGGAUACGCGACAAUGCUGGCAUCGAGUAAAACCAAACAAUCCGGCAAGGAUUACCAAAGCGUAUGCGAUCUACAGUUGACAAACAAAAAUCAAAACAAAAUAUAAAACAAUUCCUGCUUCCACAAAUAAUACAUGUAUGAAUGCCAUUCAGUCUAAAUUAUCUUCGGGUUUAUAGUCCGAUCUUUAUUAAAAUUUGCAUUUUUAUAUGCCGAAGCCCGGAGCUCACACCCUAUAACAA